UCUGAGAAUGAAGUCUAUUAAUCUACUCUUGGAUAGGAACUCUCCAGAUAGAGAUUUCAAUGACAUUCUCAUUUCCAUCGCCGAGAAGAAGUUGGAAUCACUACCAGAAAUUGAGGAUCUGGAAACUAUGGAGAGGGAGGAGGAGAUUGCCAUAGAGAAAGUAGUAACUGAUUUUAGUCAAAUCCCUUCAAAUUCAUCAGAAGUAGGAGAUGCAUCUCUCUAUUUGGAAUUGAUUAAUUCGUCGUUUUUGUUCGAUGAAGAAAAAGACGAUUCAUCCAGCGAUAUAGUCAGAUUAAUUCCUUUUAUAGUCGACGGAGCUGGUGAUGUAGGUGAAACUCAGAAACGAGAUUCAAGGUUUCUAGCUUACCAAGAAGGUAAACCCUUCAUCCCUAGAACUGAAUUUGUGGUGAAUUUUCAAAGUAAAAGAAUUGCAGCUCAAGAAGUAAAUGGAUGUGAUAUGUUAAAUCUGGAUUAUAAUUAUGAAUUUCGUCAGUUUGAGGAUCAGAAGAUUAUUGAUGAAGAUAACCUUAAUCAAUUUUCUCUUAACUCCAUUAAUUCUAUCAGAAAUCAGAUUUGGGUACCAUUUGUAUUUGUUAUUUGAGUGUUCCAAGGUGUUUGAGUUUGUUAAAGUUAGAGAAAAGUAUACUCCCAGCAAGCUGUUUGAGGAAAUGGCACAACAAGAUAGUGCUCCUUGCUCUAUUUUUGGACUUCAUGUGACAGAAAAAGGUAAGCCUAUCAUUCCUGAUACUAAAAUUGUGGUGGAAUUUCAAAGUAAAGAUGAACUUCAGCAAUUUGGAGAUUGGAAGUUUAUCACAGUUGGUAACCUUAAUCAAUGUACAUCUUACCUAUUCAGAUCAUUCAAGUGAUACAAACUGGAUUCAAGGUUUGAGAAUUCAGUUGUAUUUGUGUUGAUUAAAGGUGAAGACAGUUAUUAUAUUAGAUAUUAUUGUCACAAUACAAGUAGUUCUCGUCUCAGUUUGGGUAUACUUAUUUUUAUUUCUAUUGUUCUUAAUGGGUUGAAUUCCCUGGAUACUUGUGAUGGAAAAUCUGAUUAUGAGCCAAAUUUGGAAGUUGGGUACCCUGUGGAUGUGUUAUUUGAGCACUUGAAUGUUUCUAAGAAUGUUAGAGUUGGUGUUCACUAGGAUAGAGCGAUUCUUCAGGUAACAAAUGAAAGUGAGUCCAGCAUUGCGAGGAGUUGGAGUAGUGAAGAAUGUUCAUAUUGUGGCUUAGAUUGUGCUGGAAGGGUGUUCAAGGGAGGAAGGUGGUUAGGAACUGACUACGGGCUGAUCCAAAUGGUUCCAGGUAGUGGUGUAGCAUAUACAGCUACAACUUUUGUGAAGAUUUCUAGAAGUUUUCAUGAAAUUUUUUACCCAUCUGCUGCUGAGACAGCAAAAUUCAUGGUUGUUGCGAAACUGGGAUGGGUUGUAUUUAAAAUGCCUGGGGGUGUAAUGGUGAAUUCGAGCAGAAGAGAGAAUGCUAUUUCCCUGCAACACAAACAAGGAUUCUCGGAUGCUACAGAAAUUGUGUAUGUUGAGUUGCUGAGGAUUAGUGUGAAUAAGCAUGAGCAUAAAGAGAUACUUCACAUUCUGGGAAUGGAUAAAUAUUCAACCAUGCUUCAUCGGGUAAUUCUCACAAAGACAGUAAUAUAUGUUUAUAUUAUGUGGCCGGAAUACCAAUUGUUUUGUUUUUGUUUACGGGGUAUGGGAAAGAGCAGUAGUUAUGAAUGGGUUGUCACUGAGUUACAACCUAGAGUACCUAGUUCUAUGGCUUGUAGCUAUAAUCCUUGGUGUUCGGGCUGGAAGGAAGUCAUUGUAGGGGUGGUGGAAAUCAAGAAGAUGUUUAUGGUGGUUAAUGGUGAGGAGAGCAGAAUCACUCCGUUGCGGGAAGAAAUGUUUAAAGGAGUUAAUUAUUCUUGCACUCACCUGGAAGUUACAGUUCUGAAGUUAACAGUCAUGGUGACUCAAAUAUACAGUCUUAUAGAAGGUAAUGGAGUUAAUUGUAACGACAUGCUUGGUACAAGCUUGGUACAGAAGAGGGUUGGACCAACUGAGUAUGUACAUAAUAUUACAAGUGCCUUCUCGGUUAUGGAAAGGAUAAGAUCAAUCUUCUUAUCCUCAAGUAUCUGGUUCAGUGGAGAAAUGGAAAGUGACUCUUGGGUCAGUCAUAAAAACAUCAGUCAGCUGUGGAGGGUGGAUUUCAGGUCCUUGCAAGGGUUCUCGGCAGACAAUGUAAUUUCAACUCCCGAUUCAGUUAGAUGUGAUAUCACCAGGGCUAUUAUGCACCGUUUUGAAGAGGUAAGAAUAAUUCUUGUGACUACAUUACAUGGCUUCCUAAUUAACUUACUACACAUCAGAGGCUACAUACUUCUUAGAAGGUUUUUGCAUGAAUGUAUACCACACUAGUUACUUCUCUACAUGUCAGCACAAACCAGCACUCUCAUACAGCUGAUCCAAGGGAGGAAAUGAAUUUAUCCAUCUCACACACUGGCCUGGUAGGAUGCUUCCUUGUCGUAGUUUUGUCUGUUCCCUACAAGAGUGAAUAUGAGAAGUCGACUUUGAAGCCAAAUUCCUCAUCAGUUCAACUGAUUGGCAUCAACAUGAAACUGACUUGCUAUACCAAUUCUGAAUGUGUUGCUGUCACUAAGAAGAUGAAAUUGUGUUAUGUGUCUUUACGACCAAGAAGCGAUUAAGACAGCAGUCUUUUAUGGAAUUUUUCGAAUGUUUAAUUUUGCAUACACAGAUUCUGGAGUGAUUCUUGGAAAGAAACCAUAUCAGUUUGCUCAAAACCAACAUUUUGUUACGAAGGGCUACAAGCAACUGAAGGCUAACAAAUAAGAAGUUAUCUUCCCAAAAAAGGAGUCGCAUGUGACAGUUUUUGUGUUCGGGGAACAAGAAGGUCUAAGACUACAUCUUCACAUACAAGUUCAUUGCGAAGAAGCUAACACGAACAUGCUCGUUUAUACUACAGCCACGCUUGAUGCCUGCUGUUUUCAGAUGAAUGGUUUCCAUAUUUCCAUGGGCCCGGGUAUCGAAGUUGUGAAGUUCACAAUUCCUAUUAUAUUCGAGAUAAAGCUGCUAGUAGACAACAAGUAUGCUCUUCGUGGGUCGAGCUCAGUUCAUAUCCUUGAGGACAAGGAUAAUUUGAAGGAGUGGGAUUUGUCAGGACCCUGCCCUGGGCUGCCAAGUUCAUUUAAGGGCCACCUGGAUUAUGGGGGUGCUAGUAGUCUGUUUAGUUUAAUUAGUAGUUAAUUAAUCAUUAUUAUUAGCUACUAAGUAGGAUUAUUAGAGUGUGUGUGUGAGUGGCACACGUGCACACCCAACCUUAUCAUUUAUAUUCCCUUCUUUGUUUGUAGAACUUAUCAUGAAAAUUAAUCAGUAAAAUUAUCUUUUCUCUCUCAAA